AAGUUGAAAUCUGGCGCCUCAGAUCAGAAGAAAUCGUCAGUCGACUGCGGCAGAUCCCUCGAUCUCUCGAAGCGAUAUAAGUGGCCUUCAGGUGGAACCUUGAGGCUAGCCAGUAUUUUCGCUGAGCUGGGUUGUUGUUUACAUCCAGGAGCCGCUCUUCGUACGGUCAGGCCGUGCGCGAGGGGAGCGGCAAAAAUUCUUCCGUGAAAUUUAGCAAUACUCAGAGACCCAUAGUGCUACGAAACCGUUUCUGCUGUUCUCAUUCGAUUAUCCGUGCUCCAGGGACCGACGGUAAACAAAAUGAAGGUAACUGUAACCACGCUCAGCGACGACAUCUUCGUCCUGGACGUGAUCGAGGACAUGGAACUGUCCAGUUUCAAAGCUCUCUGCGAAAUCGAAUGCAACGUUCCAACCCACGAGAUGAUGAUCGCGUUUAACGGUCUACCGCUGAUGGACGACAAGAAGUCGCUGAAGGAUCACGGCAUCCAGGAUGGCGACGUGGUUAUUUUGCAGCACAUGCAUCAGAGCGGGGCCGACUUGAACCUUCACCCCUUUAACGGAGCUAUUCCCAUGUUGGACUUCAGUACCAUCAGAGUCCCAGGAGCGCCGAGUAGUAGCCGGCAGCCAGGUCCUUCGGCCAGUGCUAUAGCGAGAAUACAGAAUCCUAGCAGCGAGGACGAUCCGGAGAUAAUAAGACAGAUGGUUUUAGCUAACCCCGAUCAAUUAGCAUUGCUUAGUCAAAAUAACCCCGAGCUGGCUAGUGCCUUAAUUUCUGGAAACCUGGAGACAUUUUCCACCGUGCUCAAAGAACAGAUUAAGUUCAGAGAAGAACGAGAGGCUCAGAGACUGAGAAUGAUGAACGCUGAUCCUUUUGACACAGAGACACAAAGAUUCAUUGCUGAAGAUAUUAGACAGAAAAACAUUGAAGCCAAUAUGGAAGCUGCAAUGGAAUACAAUCCUGAAACAUUCGGAUCGGUUGUUAUGUUAUAUAUUAAUUGUAAAGUCAACGGAUUUCCAGUUAAAGCCUUCAUCGAUACAGGUGCACAGUCGACCAUAAUGUCCGAUGCGUGUGCAGAGAGAUGCCACCUGAUGCGAUUAGUUGAUUCAAGGUGGGCUGGAAUAGCCCAUGGCGUUGGAACCCAAAGAAUUAUUGGACGCAUACACAUGGUACAAAUUCAAAUUGGAAACGAUCAUUUAACAACUUCGUUCACUGUCCUGGCUGAACAAAGCAUGGACAUGUUGCUUGGCUUAGAUAUGUUGAAAAGGCAUCAAUGCUGCAUAGACCUAAAAACGAAUGUGCUCACAAUUGGUACCACUGGUGCUGAAACACCAUUUUUAGCAGAAGGUGAGUUGCCAGAAUGGCUCAGGUUAAGUGGUUACAGCGACAUGAGUAUGUAUGACAUAGAAGAUGAUAAAAAGGGGGACAAAAAGGGUCCUCAAAGAUCAGAGGAAGACUCGUCUAGAGAUGUAAAGAAACAGCGUCGGCAGAACGAGGAUCAAGCAAGCAAUAAUGCGAGCGGAACAUCUAGUAGAAUAGGCGCAAUAGAAACGACAGUUUUUGCCCACGAUCCAUUUACAGAGGAGACGGUGAAGGAAAUCGAAUCCCUGGGUUUCAACAGAGUACAAGUUAUCGCAGAAUUACGGAAAUUUAACGGGGAUAAGGCGAAGGCGACCGACUCGUUGUUCACAAAAUCCAUAAGACUUUAAAGUAAUAGAAGAAUGAAAAAGAAAUUGUGAAUGUUUCUGUGUCUGUGCAGUAAAUUUUGGGGGGAGAAGGAGAAAGAUUUGUACUUGAUUUUUGGUAGCAAUUUUUAAUAUCAACGAUAAUAAUUGUACAUUUGAUGCACUAAAACGACCAAACGACGCUCAGGCAAGCAUGCUCGUUGCUCGAUAGCAGCAUGAAAUUUCAGAUUUAAUUUCAUCGAGCAGCUAUAAACGCAACCUUCAUUUUAAACAAGGACUACUAUAAAAGAGCUAUACAAUUGCUGUGCAUAUAUUUCCUUUUUUUGCUACGUAUGAAGAAUUUAUAAAGUAAAAAAAAAAAUCUAUGAUAUUUAAACCAUAAUUAUCGCAGUACAUAAUUUUAAGGGCAGUAAAUGGUGAAUUAAAAGAAUGUUUUAAUUUAACAGAGCAGCUUAUUAUUUUCGUGAAGGUAAAUGGGAGCGAAGGUUCUUUUAAAAA